AUGUUCUUAGACCAGUGGAUAGAGUCUGUCAAAACUUGUAAAUACCUUCCAGAAAAUGACCUUAGAAAAUUAUGCAGCUAUGUUAGUGAGUUGCUGAUCGAAGAGUGCAAUGUACAGCCUGUCUCUUUCCCCGUUACUAUCUGUGGUGAUAUUCAUGGACAGUUUUAUGAUCUUCUGCAGUUGUUUCGCAGAGGAGGCAAACUACCAGACAUAAAUUAUAUUUUCAUGGGAGAUUUUGUUGAUCGCGGGUAUUAUAGUCUCGAAACUCUCACAUUUCUUCUUGUUUUGAAAGCCAAAUACCCAUCACGGAUAACUCUAUUAAGAGGAAACCAUGAAAGCCGACAGAUUACUCAGUGUUAUGGCUUCUACGAUGAAUGUAUCAAUAAAUAUGGCAAUGCAAAUCCAUGGCAUUAUUGUUGCCAAGUCUUCGACCUUCUUACAAUAGCUGCAUUAGUUGGAGAAAAAGUCCUUUGCGUUCAUGGAGGUCUGUCACCUCAAAUCAAAACGCUGGAUCAAAUCCGGACAAUCGACAGACAUAUGGAAAUACCCAACAAAGGUCCGUUUUGUGACAUUUUGUGGUCAGAUCCUGAUGAUGUAGCUCAUUGGGCUGUUAGUCCACGUGGUGCAGGAUACUUAUUUGGACCAAAAGUUACCCAUGAAUUUGUUGAAUUAAAUGGUUUAGUGUCUAUUUGUAGAGCUCACCAACUUGUGCGUGAAGGUUUCAAGUGUAUGUUUGAUGGACGUCUAAUCACUAUUUGGUCAGCUCCAAAUUACUGUUACCGUUGCGGAAAUAUAGCAGCAAUUUUGGAGUUCCAAAGUCCGUCACUAUUUGACGCCAAACUUUUUGAGGCUGUACCAGAUGAACAACGAGUUAAACCGCCUUUGAGAAUCACUCCUUACUUCUUAUAA